GCGAGAGACCGUUUACCACAAAGCACACGAGGUAUAACGGAAAUGAAUCUGUCACCAUUUUGUUCGAACUCAAAGAAGGUUUCCUGCGACGAACAGUCUCUUCAGAAAACGACGGAUUGAGCGGAGUCCCUGGGGUCUUUCAAAAAUACAUCCUGGGCAAUCUCGAGAUCUGGCUGCUCAGUAUCGAUUUGUUCUUUUCCUAUUCAUAUGAUCAAUGGUGCUCGCAGAACAAGAUGGCCAACAUGAAAGUCUCAAUCCUGGUGAUAAACCCCAACUCUUCUGACUCAAUGACAUGCGCUCUGAAGAAUCUAUUGAGCGAUCUGUUGCAUCCAAACCUGUCCUUGGAUUUCUACACGGCACCCCCACAGGCACCUCCAUCCAUAGAUGACAGAGAAACAUCCGACAUAUCCGCCUCCAUUACGAUGCAAAGUAUGCUCCCGUUCCUAGAUCCUUCGUAUACGAACCCAGAGGAUGCCGAUUAUCACCAUCCUUACACGGCUUACCUCAUUGCUUGCUACUCUCCACAUCCACUCACAAACAUGCUUCGCGAGAGAACCUCCGCGCCAGUUCUCAACAUAUUUGAAGCAUCGCUACUUCACGCAAGGGCGCUCGCGCUGCCGUUUGGGAUUGUCACAACCGGAAGAUACUGGGAACCAGUUCUAUCCAAAGCAACUCGAGACUACUUCUCUCAAAGCAACCCCGAAUAUGAUUUAGGGAACGCUCGAGAUUUUGUUGGCGUGCGGAGCACCAAUUUGACGGCGAUACAGUUGCAUACGGCCCCAAAAGCAGAAGUAGACCAGCGCAUCAUAUAUGCUAGCGCGGACUUGGUGAGGGAAGGAGCACGAGUGAUAAUCCUGGGAUGCGCUGCAAUGAGUGGUAUGGAAGCGACCGUGCGACUGGGGGCGCAGAAUGAGGGGCAAAACGUAAGGAUCAUCGAUGGGGUCCGUGCCGGGAUAGUCUUGUUGGAAGGAUUGAUUCGAGCACGCCAUGAUUAGAAAAAACAUUGACAAUAAAAUGAGUGAUGAGGCUUUGCAACUAUCUUCUUGCUUUGUCUGGCAGAGGCAUACUCAGAAGUCUUCGAGCCGGUACACGUCGUAUGCAACCUCUUCAUACGGAUGAACCUUGUUUAUCGCCUGAGCAACGAUGCGAUGAAAUUUCGCAGUAGUACUCACCCUCUUUAGCUCCUCAAUUGCAUUCUUUAUCUCAGUGUUCUCGCCCUUGUCAGUAACAAGCACUUCAACCCUAUGUUCCUCAACCUGCUCUAAAGCUCCUCUGGAGCCGAUUGCAGGAUUAGCUUCGGGCCCCGGCCUGAACAGGCCAUGCCCUCCAGUGAAAAAAGCGCAUUCCUCGUAUUGACCAAUCCUUCCGACCGUUUUUGGGUAUUUCUUGAAUAGUUGGCUGAGGAUAGUGCUUGUUGAAGCCACAGGUGAGAAGAAAACGAGCUUGAAGCGAGGCAUUAUUCUCCAAGAAAUCGGCCGAGCCCUUAG